AUCCGCCCUUCCUUGCUCUUGCAAUCCUAAGCCUUGGGGUUCUCUGUUUUACAGUUAUAGCAGUUUGGUUAUGAUAGCUGCCGGUGGCCGGAAAUCCGAGAGCCUUUGCUCUUCCGCCGCUCUCGGCUUCCCUCGCGUUAGGUUUUUCCGAUACCGGCGCUUGAGAUAACUGGUAACGUGCAUACCGUCACAGAAAAAGGAGAUAAAAGAAAAUUUUUAGUUUUCUCGUUUAUUGGUGUUACUGUAUCAUCUAUAUCUAUAGCUCGAUCGAUUAUAUUAGAUGCCGAAUUCGAAGGGAAAUCGGAGGGGACAGGAACAGGAGAAGAGUCGGCGGGGAAGGUUAACCGAGAAAGCGUCGUCGUUUCACGGGAAGAUUCCUAUGCCGAGUUCGUCGACGGUGGCAACAGCCGAGCUCCGGCGUCCGAUGACGCUGCCGCAACUGCUGUCUGAGAGGACUAUCUCGAUCGGAGUUUCUUCGCCGGAGGGGAGGCCGAAAUUGACGAAACUGCUCUUGAACGUGACGAUCCAAGGGAGUCUAGGUGCGAUUCAGGUGGUGCUGUCGCCUGAGAACGACGUAGGAGACAUAAUCAACGCCGCCUUGAGGCAGUACGCGAAGGAAGGCCGCCGCCCUAUUUUUUCAUCUACAAAUCCCUCUCACUUCGACCUCCAUUAUUCUCAAUUCAGCUUAGAAAGUUUGGAUAGGGAGGAGAAGCUGAUUUCGUUAGGAUCGAGGAACUUCUUCCUUUGCCCAAAGAGAACGGGGACGGCGACGGACGGUGGCGGCUCAUCGACGUCGUGUUCGAAGGAAGCGGAGAAAGUUUCAAAGAGCGGGAUUCCUUGGCUGAAGUUCAUCGAUUUCAUGCUGUAAACCGGAAUUUCCUGGUACUGCGACUCUCAGAUUAUUCAAUUCAGGAUGCAGAACUUGUUCUGGAUUUGUUCGUAGCUUUCAAAAUUCACUGUUUAAUUAAUUAGCUGAAGGAGUGAUUCAAAAUUUUCUCUGUUUUUUUUGUUUUUUUUUUUUUUUGAAUUUCCUGUGGCAUAUGUACAGUUUCAGAAUGGCUUUUGAAGAUUGAAAUUGUAGAAAAUGUAUUAUAUUCAAUUUUCAUCCAUACUAAAAAGUGUGUAAAAAUAUUACAAAAUGUUUACAUGAAGUCGAAAUCACAAUUAAAAUGCAACGGAGCAU